AUGGACGUCCACGGCCCGCCGAUACGGUACCCAACGCCGCGCGCAAGCACCUGCAUGUGCGGCACAGACAGCAACGACAACGGCUCCUCGUUCCGGGCAUCCGACGACUCGACGCUGGCGGAGAGCAUACCCCCCAGCCCCCGGCAGCCUCCUGCGUACGGCGCCGAGCGAGCACCGCCCCUAUACCAGGAGGAGGACGACCCGGACGACGUCAAGGCCCGGCGCAAGGCCCGGCGAGCGCUCUGCAUCCGCCUCCUGACGUCCAUCUUCAUCACGGUCCUCGUGUCGCUCAUCGUGGCGGCCGUCGUGGCCCGAAUCCACGACAGCAACAUCAACCCCGGCUGGAGCAGCAGCGAGACCGCGUCCAACAGAACCAACGGGACCAGCUUCACCAUGAUCUCCGGCAGCAGGCCGUCCUCGGCGGUGGCGCUCCCGUCCUCCGCGACCGAGGCGGCGGCCCAAGAGGCCAGAACCGCCACGCACCAGGCCGAGGCGACCACCACGGCCGGUGCCUCUCUUCCAGCGCCGACCUCCACGGCGGGCGAAAGAGUCCAGGGGCAGACGGUGGACUGCGCGUCCAUGGGGGUAUUUGUGAAUGCCACGCCGGUGACGGACAUGGCCCCCGUGCCGACGAGGAUCGCGGCGCCCGCGAGCCAGCGGCGAAAAGUGCACCUUGUCGUGGACGACGGCGACGGCGACCAGUUGCUCGAUGUGGCCGUGUACAGGUUCAACGGGUGUCUGCUGUCGCGGGAGUCGUACAGGAGCUCUCAGGACGGCGGCGUGGCCUACCGCUGCAGCUUGGCUUGUCCGCACAAACGACCUCGGCGGCACGCGAGGCAGGCCCGGGAGGGGGCGGCCGGAGAAUGGGGCGCCUGCGGUUAG